AUGCUAUUAGAUUUAAACGAAGAGAUAUUCGAAAACGCUGGCAUCAGAAAACUGAAAUCUAAAAAAUCCCAGCUUGAAAAACAAAAACUCAGAAUUUUCAAGUUGUUUGGGAAGAUAUUCAAAUCAAAAUUCAUGAAUCAUUACCAAAUAAGAUCUCAAAUUAUGUUGGAAGCCACUAUUAAUGCCAUUGUAACUUUUCAAAUGAUGGCCUUAGCAUGGCAUCCAGAUAUAGGUAUUGCCAAAUGAGAUCAUUAUUCAUCAUUCUGGAAAUUUAUUAGUUAUUUCGACAUAAACAAUUUUUGCGCAAUUUCUAGCAUUACCGAUUAUUGCUUCUACGGCACAUUUUCCAUCUUAGUCCCCUCUGUGAGCGAAAAAAAAACAUUGGAAAAAUUUUUAUUUUUUGCUCAAAAACCCAUCCUCUGUGAGCGAACAAAAAUUUAAUUAUUUUUUUAUAAAAAAAAUUUUGAUAUAUAUGUGAUAAUUAAUAUAAUGAUCUCGAGCUAAUUCUGUUUAAUUUUAAACAAAUUGCAUUUUAAAACAUAACUUUUACAAAUUAAAUUAAUUUUUAUGUCUCAAUUUUUACGAAUUUGGAUUUUUUUAAAUUUCGAAAAAAUAUUUACUAUAAAACUUAUAUACCCCUUACAUGAGCGAACAAAAUUUUUUGUUCGCUCACGAAGGUGGGGUUAGGCUACAGCAGUGGGACUUAGAACUUAGAACUUAGAUUACUUAGAGAGUUUAACGUGCUUCUCUGGUUCCGUAGGGUGAUUUAACAAAGCCACUACGGCUCACCCAGUAGAGUUCAACUAGUGACGUCACGGGCAUUUCGACGUCACCCUUUUUAUCGGGGCGUUCGACCAUCCUAAGCAAUGACGGCCAGUUGAAGGCCAGAUCUCACAGGCUGCGUUGCCUUGCUCGAAACUCGACUCCUGCGCGUUGUGCCGCCUAUGGGUCUUCCUCCUCGGAAGUGUCAAGCAGAAAAUCCCUAUGCCCACCAAACAUCCUUGGAUCAGGCCAGGAGGCUGUGCACCCUCCCGUUGCUUACCUGAUGCUGCUGGAUAAGGUCUCACCGGGAAAACUGAACCCUAUAAUAAUAAAAUGGGCAAGGAGAGAAAUUCCUCGGGAGAGGAAUUAUCACGACGUCGCCAUUUUAUUAUUGCUACAGCAGUGGGACACUUUUAAUAAUUUUUCUUUUAGGUUUCACAAAAAUUAAAACCCCAAAGUUUUUUAUAUGAAUUCUUAGAUCCUUACUAUCAGUUUGAGUAACAGUUUUAUUUAUUCCUUCAGUUCUUGAGCUUACUAUGGUUUUUAAAUAUUCAACUUUUAAAUGUGAUAAAAUUGAUGAGUGAAUUGACUAUAAAGAUCCUUCUUCGAUGAAUUAUGGACCUUUCGGGACGCUUCUAAGUGUUUUUUAUAUUAUUUUCUUAUUUUUUAUGGCUGCUUUUUGGGAGUUGUUUUCUGCUGAUAUUCGGCAUACUUUUGGUGAAAAAAAAAUAACUGCGAGAGCUCAUUCCUCAGUUGACUUAAUGCUUUUGGCAUUCAAAACUGUUUUGAGCAUGUCAUAUGUAUUAUUUGGAAAUCUAGGAAUCGUUAAAUAUCAGAUAUUUUUUUUAAUUUGCUCAUUGUGUAUUUAUUUACAGUUUUUAGCAAGGCUACCUUAUUUCAACAAAAUAGCAAACUGCAUAAAAUUUUGCAAUAUUUUUUCAGUCUCUUUAGCAUUUUUAGCAGUUUUAUUAGCUACUAUUAUUGAUGAUGCGGGAAUUGCCUUCAUGCUAAAUUUUUUUAUGCAGCCUGUGGCAAUUGUAAUUAAUAUUUGGAUCGUAAGCAAGAGAACUAGCUCUAUUAUCAAUUCGAAAAUAGAUUUUAAAAAUCAGUAUCGUUUUGAGCAAACUAUACGGCGCUUGCUAUGUGAUAAAAACUUAGAAAAUAAAAUGCAGGUGAUUGAUUAUUUCAUAGCCAUUCUUGACAUAAAAAAGCUAGUUAAAGAUAAAUUAUUGAUCAUUUGGGAAGUCAAUUUUUGUUCUUAUUCUAUAAGAGAUGAAAGGCUUGCAAGGAUAAAGUUAACUAAAAUAAAUAAAGCAGUUUUUACACUUGAAGGGUGCAUCCAAGAAUGAAAAACACAGAAAAACAUUGAUAACAAAGAUAAAUCGUCAGUAGAUGCUCAUUAUAUUCGAUACUUGCUCCCCCUCUCCGUGAGCAAAAAAAAAAAAUUGGAAAAUCCCUAAUUUUUUGGUGAAAACCAACCCUCCGCGAACAAACAAAAUUUUAUGAAAAAAAUAUUUUGAUUUUAAAAACAUAAAUUUUGCUAAUUAAAAUUUUGUAACUUUUGAAAAAAAAUUUACUAUAAAUUUAAAAAAACUCACUCAUCAUCCCUAAGCACAAUUUUUUUUCUCUCUUAGAGAGGAGAGUUAGAAGAUCUAAAUAAAGCUAGGCAAAUGGAUAAUGAAAUUUGUUUUGAAUUAAUUGACUUAUGAUCAGAAUUUUCAGAUAAGAUUCCAGAGUAUAGCAAAAUCUAUCACCUUGCAAUGAGAAGUUCUUAUCAAUUAGCAAAUCUGAAAGAAUUAUAUGAAAAAUUAAUAUUAAAAUACAAGCACAUUGAGCUUUACGACCUUUAUAUUACUUUUCUUGAAAAUGUUUUAGGAGAAACCGACCAAACUAGCAUGAUAUAUCGACUGAAGAGCAGUAUUAGCCGACAAAUGAGCUACUCAACAGCUUUUGACUCAAAAUUUUGUUUAAUCCCCCCCCAUCCUUGAUCGAACAGCUCGCUAUCGUUAGAUCAAGGAUGGGGGUAAAAAAAUAUAUAUAUAUAAAUAUAUAUAUUUAUUUUUAUUUACUUUUAAAUAAGAGCGUUAAGAGUAUUUAAUAAUUAUUUUUACAGCAAAAAAUUGAAUUAAUUUCAUAAAAAUACCAAUUUUUAAUAUUUUUUGAUCUAUUAGUUACCCCUUUAAACUGUAUAAAUUUUAAUUUGUUCCUUAUUGAAUUAAUUUUUUUUUUAAAUUCUCUAUUUUUUAGAUUAUUGAGUUUUUAAGCCCAGGCUGAUGACUAAAGCACUUCGAAUAGUUGAUUCCGUAGCUUCCUGUCGUCUCAAAGUCUCUGAAAACAACUUCAUCAGGCACAUCUCCCAAGCUUUUGAUAACUAAUAUAUUUUUUAUAUAUAUAAAAAUUUUGCAUGAUAUGAAAAUCGUUCGAUCAAGGAUGGAGGUUAAUUUUCCCAAUUUUUAGGAAUUUUUACAGUCAAUCAUUCGAUCAAGGAUGGGAGGGGGGAGUUAGAAGAAAACUCUGGUAUUAUGCUUGUAUCUGCAAACGAAGACUCGUUUGGUAUAAUUACAUAUGCAAACGAAAAAACUUCCCAAUUAUUAAAAGGCACAAUGUCUGACUUAAUAGGAAGCCAUUUGCAUUAUUAUGUCCCAGAUCCUUAUUCAUAUAACCAUGAUAGCUAUAUGAAAGAAUAUUGUAUAAAAUAUAAAGCAGAAGAAGUGACACAUAAAGGAUGGUUUUUCCUCCAAAAUUCACUUGGAAAUUUAAUUGAGUGCGGUCUUCUAAUAAAAUUGACAGCUUUUCACAACAAUGCUUACUUUGUAGUUAAUUUAACGCCAAGAAUCACGAACAGGCAAUUUGCUCUAAUUUCUGAAGAGGGACUUGUAUAUAAUACCACCGAUCUUUUCUCUUAUUACAUAGGAGCAGAUAAAUCAAGUGUUAAAAAUUGUUAUAUCUCUGAUAUAGUGCCUGGCUUAGACAUCUCAUCAAUGGCUCUUUUUGAGCCAAUCUUAAUACGGCAAAAAGGACCAAAAUUUGCAGCAAUCCAUACUAUAAAAGAACUUGGAGAGACAAAAAUUCAUAAAAUUAUUGUUGCCCAUGAUGAAAAAGAAAUAAAAUUAUGGACAAAAGGCCAAGAAAUAGACCAAAUUGAAUAUUUUGAUAAAAUACAAGUAGAUGAAGCUGAAGAAGAAAAAUUAAAUCAUGAUUCUUAUUUAAAAGUUCCGGAAAGUUCUCCAAAUGUGAGAUUUCAGAAAGCUAUUGCAUUUAGAUCUCUAGAUAAUGAUAAAAGUGAAGAAAAAGAUACAGAAUGCCGCGAGCUUCUUGAUGAGUCUAUGAGAGACAAUUCAAACCAUUUAGAUAACAAUGAAGAAAAAUCAGUAUCAAACUUACAAGGAAGCAGCAUGGCAAGCUCUUCAACCUGUAAUUUUUAUUUAGCCAUUGCAAAUAAAAGCAUUGAAACAAUAACAAUAAAACUGAAACUUUUUCAGCGCAUCCUGUUUUUCUGUGUAAAUUCUAUAUAGAUUUCAGCAGUAGUCGCUUCAAAUAUAGCAGUUCUUGCAUAUAUAUAUGAUGCCUCAUCCCAUUCCAACCACUUGAAUGUGUUUUCUCAUAUGGGAAGCAUAAUGUUCCAUUUAGCAUAUACAGCUGAUUUAGCAAGAUCUAUAGAUUCUGAAAAAAAAUCUGGGAUUUACAAUUUAACGAGAGAUUUAGGAUAUCUCAACGAUACAAUAAUCGAAUUAAAAAAAUUGAGGAAUUAUAUUUUGGAUGACUAUGAUGAGUGAAACUAUUGUGAGAGUUCUUCAAUAGUCGUAAAGGAAGAAAUUCCUGUUUGGAUAUUUGAGCCUUCAGUUCAUAUAGAAAAAUUCAAUUUUUAUGAUGAAGUCGGCCUAUUUAUAAAACAUGGUGACAAUUUAAUAAAUUUGAUAAGCAAAAACCUUACAUAUACAAAUACUGAUGUUAAAUUCUUUGGUAUAAACUGCUUUGGACUGACAUUCGAAAUUACUCAGAAUGCGAUGCAAGGUUUGGUGAAUUGUGAAGUGCAAAGAGUUACUGAUAUUAAAAGCGAAAUAGCGUCGUGAAUAUAUUUUGGGCUUGGGCUACUAGGGAUGUUUGUGGCCAUGCUAAUUGGGUAUGUGAUUUAUAUGACAAAGAAAUAUGAUCAAUUCUGAAACUUCAUCAAAAAAGUACUGCAUCGAUCAUAUCUUGAUUUAAAAGCUACCUAUAUUGAAAGACUAUCAAAAAUACAUGGAAUUGACUAUGAAUCAGACCAAAAUCAAGACCACCGCCGAAGCAAAAGGCGGUCUAAACAAAUAAAGACUCGUAUUUAUUUAAAAUACAUAUGAAGACUUUCUAUAUUUUUAGUUAUAGCUUCUUGCUAUUUUUUUAUAUUAAAAUUUCAUUUAUACGAGCAAUGUGAAAAUUAUCUGAUAAACAGACCAAGACUUCUACUAAAUCUUAUAUCCAAAAGAACACAACUGACUCGCAUGAGUGUUUUUGCAAGAGAUAUUGCUUCUAAUAGCAUUUUGAGAUGGGUUCCUAAGUCUUAUGCAGUUGCAAACUCGAAAACUGAAUUCAAAUUAAGUAAUGCAAAAUUUAAAGUACUUAAUACCCAAAUCAGAGAAAAAAGAUUUUUGAAUUUAAUGACAGAUGACGUGAAAAAAAGGAUUUUUGAAAUUUGAGAUAUAAAUAAUGGCCAUAUACAGCAAGGAACAUAUGCAGCAUGCAACCUCAUGCAUAUUGAUUCAAAAUUUAUCUCAACUGCAGAGCCAGGACCAGCUAACGUUAUUCAAUUUGGGUAUUAUAUUGGAAAUGAAACAGCUGUGCAAGAAGUGCUGGGAAUCGAUUAUGAUAUAGUAGACAAAGAUUCAAAAGAUGUUAUUAGUAAUCAGCUAAAUUUGCUGAUUUGGGUGACUGCGCUAUUUUCUUCAGCUUUGGUUUUGCUAUUUAUAUUUUUUUAUCUCCCUUUUAUAUAUAGCGAAAAAGCUGCUUUGGCGAAUCUAAAAGUAUUAGUAUCAAUUAUACCAAGUUCCCGUGUAGAUUUGAAAGAUGAGAAAUGGCUUUAA